AUGUACUCUAUAGAUGACUUUACAGAGCAACAACUAGUGGAUAUCUUCAAGGAAGUUGGCCAUGUAGUCGGCUUCCGACUCUUGUUUGAUCGAGACACGAAUAAACCAAAGGGAUUUGGAUUUUGUCAAUACCUCGAUUCAGAGACGGCUGCUAGUGCGGUACGAAAUCUCAAUGGCUAUGAAGUUGGAGGACGGAAGCUGAGAGUCGAUUUCGCUGAUAGUGAAAAGGAGAUGGAGGUGGCAGGAGCAAUACCGAUGCAACCAAUCGCAACUCCACCAGUCCCACAACAACCUUCUGCACCUGCCGCCGAUGUCAUUCAGAAUCUAGUUGCUCAGACAUCUCCCGCUGCUCUUGUGUCUAUGCUUGCAGAUCUCAAGUUGAUGGUCACUACACGACCAGAUGACCUCAAGAAAGUAUUUACAGCCAACCCUCAAUUGACUUAUGCCGUGUUUCAAGCCAUGAUUAUGAUGAAUGUCGUUGAUCAAACAGUUAUUGGGCAAGUACUUCAAGCUCAAAUAGCACAACAAUCACAAGCUAUAGCUGCAGUCAAUCCUAUGGUAGCUGCCACCGUGACUGGUUAUCCUCCUGCACUUCCUCCUCAGCCUGUAGCUAUGCCAUUAACAGCACCAGGUGUAGCACCACAACCACAAAUGGAUAUGGCUGCUGCUACGGCGCUGGCCAAACAACAACAAUUGCUGAUGGAGAUCCUGUCAUUACGAGAGGAUCAAAUUGCCAUAUUACCACCGGACGAACGAGCACAAGUCAUGGCUAUACGGAGCCAAUAUCAACAAUACUUGCCAUCAUAG